UGGGCACCUCCCUGCUGGUGAGGAUGUCCUGCUGCGCAGCUCUGGAUCCCCCAGCCCCUGUCCGUGGAGGGCACGACUGCGUGGGCCCGGCUUCGGGCCCUCCUGCCGGUGGAUGAAAAGCGCGGGAGUCCUUGAAUGCAAUCAGCGAUCGAAUCUAAAUUCUGAGAGCCAUGGAGGCAAGCACCGGGCUGCAGCCCCAGGCGGGGGAGCCGCCGGAAGCCCCGGCCCCAGUGGGAGCUGUCCAACAGAAGCGCGAACCAGAGACCUUUAGGUCCAAGAGUUUACCCGUCCUGAACAGCGCCUCCUGCCGGCCAGAUCUCAGCCCUGCGGGUGCAGGCGCCAAGCCGGGCUGUACGGAUGCUUCGGGCCCCCAGGAGCUGAAACAAUGCCUGAGCCGGCUGGCGUCCAGCCCCUCCGCCCCGUCCACCUCGGCAGAGAUGGCGGGGCUCGUGGACUGCAACCACAGGGUGGACAUGGGCAAAGCCAUGUCGGUGUCGUCCACGCUGGCUACCCUUCAGGGGAGAAGGUGCCUCUAUGUGGUCCUCACCGAUUCGCGCUGCUUCCUGGUUUGCAUGUGCUUUCUGACCUUCAUCCAGUCGUUGAUGGUCUCUGGGUACCUGAGCAGCGUCAUCACCACCAUCGAAAGGCGCUACAGCCUGAAGAGUUCGGAGUCCGGGCUGCUGGUCAGCUGCUUCGACAUCGGGAGCCUGGUGGUGGUGGUGUUUGUCAGCUACUUUGGGGGCCGGGGCCGGCGGCCGCUGUGGCUGGCCGUGGGUGGCCUUCUCAUCGCCCUCGGGGCGGUGGUCUUCGCUUUACCUCACUUCAUCUCGCCUCCCUACCAGAUCCAAGAGCUGAACGCCUCGGCUUCCAACGAAGGCCUGUGUCAGAAUGGCAACUCCACCGGGACCUUGGAGCCUCCCGCCUGCCGGGAGGACUCGGGAGGGAAGAAUCACUGGCUCUUUGUGGCUUUAUUCGUUUGUGCGCAGAUCCUCAUUGGCAUGGGCUCCACACCUAUUUAUACCCUGGGACCAACCUACUUAGAUGACAACGUCAAGAGGGAGAAUGCAUCCUUGUACCUAGCCAUCAUGUAUGUCAUGGGAGCUCUUGGUCCUGCAGUGGGAUACUUAUUAGGUGGACUUCUUAUUGGUUUUUAUGUUGAUCCCAGAAAUCCUGUUCAACUUGACCAGAAUGACCCUCGUUUCAUUGGAAACUGGUGGAGUGGAUUCCUCCUUUGUGCCGUUGCAAUGUUUCUUGUGAUAUUCCCAAUGUUUACUUUUCCAAAAAAGCUUCCGCCUCGACACAAGAAGAAGAAAAAGAAAAAAUGCUCUGUUCAUGCUGUUAGCGAUGACGACAUUAUGAAGGAGAAAUCAAACAAUCAGGAGCACGUGGACAAAAAAGUUUCUCCUAUGGGAUUUGGAAAGAAUAUCAGAGACCUACCAAGAGCAGCUGUCAGGAUCUUAAGCAACAUGACAUUCCUUUUUGUGAGUUUGUCAUACACAGCUGAGAGUGCCAUUGUAACUGCUUUCAUUACCUUCAUUCCCAAGUUCAUCGAGUCACAGUUUGGUAUUCCGGCUUCCAAUGCCAGCAUCUACACUGGUGUUAUUAUUGUGCCUAGCGCUGGGGUGGGCAUUGUCCUGGGAGGCUACAUUAUAAAGAAGUUGAAACUUGGUGCAAGAGAAUCUGCAAAACUAGCAAUGAUCUGCAGUGGAGUGUCUUUACUGUGCUUUUCAACCCUGUUCAUCGUGGGAUGUGAAAGUAUUAACCUAGGAGGCAUAAACAUCCCUUACACAACAGGACCCUCUCUCACCAUGCCUCACAGGAACCUGACUGGAAGCUGCAAUGUUAACUGUGGUUGUAAGACACAUGAGUACGAGCCAGUCUGUGGAUCAGAUGGAAUUACGUACUUUAACCCCUGCCUGGCUGGCUGUGUUAAUAGCGGUAAUCUUAGCACUGGGAUAAGGAAUUACACGGAAUGCGCCUGUGUCCAAAGCCGGCAAGUGAUCACGCCGCCCACCGUGGGACAGCGCAGCCAGCUCCGCGUGGUCAUCGUCAAAACCUAUCUCAACGAGAAUGGCUAUGCCGUGUCGGGGAAGUGCAAACGGGCCUGUAACACCCUCUUCCCAUUCUUAGUUUUUCUCUUCAUAGUCACCUUCAUCACCGCGUGUGCCCAGCCAUCAGCCAUCAUAGUGACGCUCAGGUCCGUAGAAGAUGAGGAGAGACCUUUUGCUCUGGGAAUGCAAUUCGUUUUAUUGCGAACGCUCGCAUACAUUCCCACUCCGAUUUAUUUUGGAGCGGUUAUUGACACCACCUGCAUGCUCUGGCAGCAGGAGUGCGGAGUGCAAGGCUCUUGCUGGGAGUACAAUGUGACAUCGUUUCGUUUCGUCUAUUUUGGCUUGGCUGCCGGCCUCAAGUUUGUUGGCUUUAUUUUUAUUUUUCUGGCCUGGUACUCCAUCAAAUACAAGGAGGACGCGCUGCAGAGGCAGAGGUGGCGAGAGUUCCCCCUGGGCACCGUGAGCGAGCUGGUGGGCCACCCCGACGGUGCGGACAAGUAUGCCCGGACUCGGUCCUGCCCGGCCUUCAGCACGCAGGGAGAAUUCCACCAAGAGACUCGUCUGCGAAAAGGCAUCCAGUGCACAGCACAGACCUACCCGGGGCCCUUCCCAGAAGCAAUAAGUUCCUCCCCGGACCCGGGGCUGGAGGAGAGCCCCGUGGCCGUGUAGCCUCCCUCCUGACAGCUUGAAAAUGGAAGACUUUAGUUUUUUUUUGUUGGUUGAGUUGAAUA